UUUUUUCAGCCAUGUUUGGAAUCUGUCAGUUCUCUAAGCCUUAUUAGGAGUUGUGGAAAUUGCUUUUAUCGACAUGUAGAAGAUUUUUAAAUAUUAAAACUUGAAAAUUAAAAAUAGUUAUCGACGUCAUUUUCUCUCUAUUGGUGUUUUCAUUUCGUAAUGCUUUAAAAUGUGGCAUGAAGCAAGAAAGCAAGAGAAGAAAAUCAGGGGGAUGAUGGUUGAUUAUAAGAGGAGGGCUGAAAGAAGAAGAGAAUAUUAUGAAAAAAUCAAACAGGAUCCUGCACAAUUCUUACAAGUCCAUGGAAGACCAUGUAAAAUACAUUUAGAUCCUGCUGUUGCAUUAGCUGCAGAUAGUCCAGCAACAAUAUUGUCUGCAGAAGAAAUGUUUGAAGAUAGACAAGUAUGCUAUGAAAGAUAUCGUACACUGGUACAAAAUGAUUUUUUGGGUGUAUCGGAAGAUAAAUUUCUCUAUCAAAUUUAUUUGGAGGAACAUUUUGGACCUGUUGUAAAGUCUACUGCUGAAGAAGACAAAAAAAGAUUGGCUGACAAGAAAGUUGCAAUUGGUUAUGUAUAUGAAGAUUCUCAACCCCAGUUAAUGCAUCAUCACGAUGAUGACGACGACGACGACGAUGAUGAUAAAAAAGAUGAUUUGAGUGAUAUUGACUUAGAUGUAACUUUAGAUGUUGACCAAUUAACAAAUGAACAAAGUGCAGAAAUGAAUGAAAAUUCUACAAAGUAUGGUAUGGUAGGAGAUGAUUUUAUUAGCUUUUUACAUCAAGAUAAAGAAGAAACAGAACAAUUGCGACUUGCAAAAGAACUAGAAGAAGAAAAGGCUAUGUAUUCUGGGAGAAAAUCUCGUAGAGAAAGGCGUGCUUUGCGCGAGAAGAAACUUCAAGGUAGAAGAGUAACUAGUCCUCCAAGUUAUGCUGCAAGAGAAAGUCCUACGUAUAAACCAUUUCAAAGAACACAUUCGACAUCGCGAUCAAGAUCGCCGUCUCCAGUUGAAGGAGAGCACAUCACAUUCAUAACAAGUUUUGGAGUUGGAUCAGACGAAGAAACUACUGCAGAUUUGACAAAGAAACAGACAUCACAGCAAUUACAGACAAAGAAUCUUGGUGGCAAAUUAUCAGAGAAGACACUUCGGUCGGUAGAUGGAAACUGCUUCUUUACUUGUAGAACUGUGGCUGCAAUCCCUUUUUACUUACACUGUUUUCUUUUUUCUAGAACACAUUCGACAUCGCGAUCAAGAUCGCCGUCUCCAGUUGAAGGAGAGCACAUCACAUUCAUAACAAGUUUUGGAGUUGGAUCAGACGAAGAAACUACUGCAGAUUUGACAAAGAAACAGACAUCACAGCAAUUACAGACAAAGAAUCUUGGUGGCAAAUUAUCAGAGAAGACACUUCGUUCAAAGAAAACUCGUACAACAGGAACCCCUGGAAAUUCUCUUAUGAAAGGGAAACAGCAUUUACAAGAGCAUUUAAAAUCACGUCACUACUCGUCUUCAAGCUCGAGGUCGUCUUGCGGCUCAGAUCAUGGGAAAAAAACACACAGAUUGCAGAAACAUCAGUCGCGUAGAAGAGAGCAUUCUCAUUCGAGUUCGUCUCGGUCAUCUUCUCGGUCUAGAUCUAGAUCGUCUACCAUUAGUAAAAGUAUGGCUCGGAGAAAUUACGAUCGAAGCUACAGGACUCAUUCUAGAACAUAUAAUUCUAGGUCAAGGUCACGAUCACGUUCAUGGUCAAGGUCAAGAUCACGAUCUAGGUCACGAUCCAAAUCUUGGCCUAGAACUAAACAUUAUUCUCGUUCACGAUCACGAUCGGUGUCACCAGAGGAGAAAAAAAGUCAAUCUCGAUCUCCACCUAACUUACCUCCACCACCUAUUAAAUCUUAUUAUAGGCAUAGUCUUUCUCGUUCAAGUUCAGAUCCAUCCGAUAGAAGUGCAGAUGAAGAAGAAAAAACUUCGGUGAAACCUCCAGCGGAAGUACCUUCAAAAGAAAGGAUAGAUCUUGCAAUCUCUAAUGUUUCACAGAAAAUGCUAAACAACGCUUGGCAACAAAUCAGUUAUCGAUUGGACAUUCUUCAUGCAGCUAAAGGAGCACAUGUUGAGUGUUUUCUUUUUUCUAGAACACAUUCGACAUCGCGAUCAAGAUCGCCGUCUCCAGUUGAAGGAGAGCACAUCACAUUCAUAACAAGUUUUGGAGUUGGAUCAGACGAAGAAACUACUGCAGAUUUGACAAAGAAACAGACAUCACAGCAAUUACAGACAAAGAAUCUUGGUGGCAAAUUAUCAGAGAAGACACUUCGUUCAAAGAAAACUCGUACAACAGGAACCCCUGGAAAUUCUCUUAUGAAAGGGAAACAGCAUUUACAAGAGCAUUUAAAAUCACGUCACUACUCGUCUUCAAGCUCGAGGUCGUCUUGCGGCUCAGAUCAUGGAAAAAAAACACACAGAUUGCAGAAACAUCAGUCGCGUAGAAGAGAGCAUUCUCAUUCGAGUUCGUCUCGGUCAUCUUCUCGGUCUAGAUCUAGAUCGUCUACCAUUAGUAAAAGUAUGGCUCGGAGAAAUUACGAUCGAAGCUACAGGACUCAUUCUAGAACAUAUAAUUCUAGGUCAAGGUCACGAUCACGUUCAUGGUCAAGGUCAAGAUCACGAUCUAGGUCACGAUCCAAAUCUUGGCCUAGAACUAAACAUUAUUCUCGUUCACGAUCACGAUCGGUGUCACCAGAGGAGAAAAAAAGUCAAUCUCGAUCUCCACCUAACUUACCUCCACCACCUAUUAAAUCUUAUUAUAGGCAUAGUCUUUCUCGUUCAAGUUCAGAUCCAUCCGAUAGAAGUGCAGAUGAAGAAGAAAAAACUUCGGUGAAACCUCCAGCGGAAGUACCUUCAAAGACGCAGCCACUAUUGGGUAAAGCUGGCCCUUCCACCAAAUCAAAACUAACUCCACAAGAAAGACUAAAGAAAAGAAUGCAAAUGGCACUCAACAGACAAUACAAGGCGGAUAAAAGAGCGCAAAUGGAAAAAUAUGAGAAACAGCAACAAGAAAGACAGGAUAGAGCCGAAGAAUUAAGAGAGAUGGCAAUACGAAUGAGACAGAGAGAGAGAGAGAGGCGUCAUAGAAUGUUAGAAAGUGAACGCGAACCAGAAAGUGAUUCUAGUUGGAACAGACAUUCCGAACACUACGGAAAAGAUGACGACCGUGAAUUCAGAAGGAGAAAAGAUGAUUCCGACUCUCACAGUCCCAAAUCCGGAUACAGUCACAGGAGGAGCAGAAGUCGGAGUAAAGACAGAAGUCCUCGUAGAAUAUCUCCCCGUCGAAACUCUCCCAGGAGAACACCUCCGAGAAGAUCCAAAGCAAGAAACCGAAGCCGCAGUCCCAGUCCGAGACAACGAUACCACCAAUCGCACAGACACAGUGCCAACCGUAGCAGUUCACGCACCUCCUCUCUAAGAUCUACCAAACCGCUAGUCGACUACUGAAACCUAUAACCGGGUUCGACCUAGAACACCGCACCUCGUACCCUCGAUGCAGUGGAAAUGUCCUAAAUAUACAUAGAACAAAUUGUAACUGACCAGCAACACAAUUUUUUAUAUAUAGUUAGUUACAACAGACUUUGUAAGAUUGCACAUAAUAUUUUUUUUUCCUUUUUCCUCUAGUAAAUUGAUACUGGAACAUAAAUAUUUUCUUCUCUAUUUUGUGUAAGUUUGUUUUGUUAAAGUCAAAAACAAAAAAAAAAUAACAAAAAAAUAAAUACCAUCAUAAAUCAUUUGUAUUAUUUAGUUUAGGAAGAUGGUACAUAAUUUUUUGGUGUAAUUCAUUUAUAAAUUUUGAAACUUUUAU